CAAUAGGCUGGCGGCCCUGCUUAAACCCUAUUAAAACCGAAAUAUUGCUUCAAGUCUCUGCUUUUCAGUUCACACACCCAUGGCUCUGUACUUGUUGUUUGAGUCCGCCUCCGGCUAUGGGCUGUUCCUGGCAAAUGGACUCGAUGAAAUUGGUCAGAAUACGGAGGCAAUUCGGAAGUCAGUCCUCGACCUCAACCGGUUCGGCAAAGUUGUGAAACUCAUCGCGUUUAACCCAUUCGAUUCUGCUCUCGAUGCUCUGAAUCAGUGCAACGCUGUUUCUGAAGGGCAAAUGACUGAUGAGUUGAGGAAUUUUUUGGAGCUUACACUCCCUAAAGUUAAGGAGGGAAAGAAGGCUAAGUUCAAACUAGGACUUGCAGAGCCUAAGCUUGGUUCACAUAUAGUUGAAGUAACUAAGAUUCCUUGCGAAAGCAAUGAGUUUGUUCUAGAGCUUCUGCGUGGUGUUCGGUUGCAUUUUGAGAAGUUUAUUGGAAAUCUCAAGUCAGGUGACAUUGAGAAGGCCCAGCUGGGGUUAGGUCACAGUUACAGCAGAGCAAAGGUCAAGUUCAAUGUUAACCGUGUUGACAAUAUGGUUAUUCAAGCAAUAUUCUUACUUGAUACUCUUGAUAAAGAUAUCAAUACAUUUUCAAUGAGAGUCAGAGAGUGGUAUUCAUGGCACUUCCCAGAACUUGUGAAGAUUAUCAAUGACAACUAUUUAUAUGCCAAACUUGCAAAGUUCAUCGAGGACAAGUCGCAACUAUCUGAUGAUAGUUUGCCAGACUUAACAGAAAUAGUCGGGGAUGAAGAUAAAGCCAAAGAAAUAGUAGUCGCUGCCAAAGCUUCCAUGGGCCAAGAUUUGUCUCCUGUUGACCUGAUCAAUGUCAAGCAACUUGCACAUAGAGUAAUGGAUCUUGCUGAGUAUAGGAAGAAUCUCUAUAAUUAUUUGGUUGCUAAGAUGAAUGACAUAGCACCAAAUUUGGCUGCAUUGAUUGGUGAUGUUGUUGGGGCCCGUUUAAUUUCUCAUGCUGGCAGCCUGACAAACUUGGCUAAAUGUCCAUCAUCCACUCUCCAAAUACUUGGAGCUGAGAAGGCUCUCUUCAGGGCAUUGAAGACUAAAGGAAACACACCGAAGUAUGGGCUCAUAUUCCAUUCUUCUUUCAUUGGCCGUGCUGGUGCUAAGAACAAAGGGCGAAUGGCUCGUUAUCUUGCAAACAAAUGCUCUAUUGCUUCACGCCUUGACUGUUUCCUAGAUACCAGCACUACUAAAUUUGGGGAGAAACUUCGUGAGCAAGUUGAAGAGAGACUUGAUUUCUAUGAUAAAGGAGUGGCACCACGCAAAAACUUGGAUAUGAUGAAAGCUGUAAUCGGAAGCCUUGAAAAUGAAGAUGCCACUAUGGAUGAAGACAAAAUGUCAACUGAACCUUCAUCAGCAAAGAAAAGCAAGAAAAAGAAAUCCAAGGGUGAGGAUGAGCAACAAAUGGAAGAAGAUGAACCCGCUGAGAAAAAUGGUAUUGACUCUGAAGAACCAAAGAAGAAGAAAAAGAAGGAAAAACGGAAAGCAGAAGAGCAGAAAAGUGUGGAUGAAAAUAAUGCAAAUGGCAUAAAUGGGGUUGAUGCCAUGAAUGGGUCAACAAAGAAGAAGAAAAAGAAGAGCAAGGGUGAGAAUGAAGAUUUUCAAACACCUGCUGCUGGAAGUAAAAAGAAAAAGAAGUCCAAGGUUGACGACGAUGAAUGAUUGGAUAUUAUUAUCCUAGCAGCAGCAGCAGCAGUAGGAGGCUAGCUUGUUCUGGUCUUCCUUUAAUGUCAUAGUUUGAACUUUUGAGUGGCUGUACCUGUAAGCCAGUUUUUGUUUGUUUAACCUUGGGGUUAGUUAUAUUUCUUCUACUAGAUAUCUUCUCUGUAGCUUUUGUUUCUG